GUAGAAUAAAAGUUUGAGAUUUCUCUCUCAAAAGUCUAAGUGUAGUCUUGGUGCUUCGGCACAGAGCGUUUGAGAUAAUACUCUGGAGACGCUCAUAUCCACUACCACCUAUCCAUAAAAAAAAACUAUACACCAACCAUUAACACCACAAAGAAUUCUCCAACACCAUUUUCAACGAUCAUAAGCAAUCAGCCUCCCUCGCACUACACCAUCAUGGGGACGUUCAGUAGCAAGAAGUUGCAUCAAUCAACCUAAGCAACAAUCAGGUAUGUCGGAUAACCCCAGUAGCAGUAACAGUUACUUUGAUUAUUUAAGUAAAAAUGAGGAAGAAAAUUAUUUUCUAGAUGGAAUAUUAGAUGUCAAGAAAAUUAAGGAACAAACUAAGUUUACCUUAUCAGAAACGCAAAAUUUUAUUACUAAGUCUUUUUUAUCCAAACUAUUUGAUAGAAAAAUAUAAUUAAAUAUGGAAAAAUAAUAGGAGAAACGGCAGUACCAAUAGAACAAACUAAGGGAGAUUUCCUAAUUCAAAUAAUAAAUAGGGAACAAAUUAGGAAAAAAUUAUCCAAGUUACAACAGGAAGAAAGAAAGAAAAUAACUUAUAUUCACAUUAGUACGAUACAAAUCAUUCUAAAAUCUACUAUGAAAACAGGGAUAAGUGCACCUAUAGAACUAGAAAUAAGAGAUGAUCGACUCAUCAAUAGAGAAGAGAUUAUUAUUGCAAAAGGGAAGGGAAAUCUAGGAGUAGGAAUAAUCAAAUUCGAUAUAAAUCUACAACAAGGAAUUAGUUUAACAGAUGGGAAUCUCGACUCUUCCAUUAUUAUAAAGUAUGAAUUGAAAAGAAAAAAUUUCAUGAAAGAAAACAAUAAACCUUUUUCGGUAACAUACCAAAUAAACUAUGCACUGACCAAUAGUCAUCAUAUUCUAGCGUUUAAAGAUAAGGAAGCCAUCACCAUAGAAGAUUUAUUCAAACCAUUAAUUCAAUUAGAAUCCCCUCUAAAAAUAAUAAAAUCAAAUUAUGAUCAUCCAAGAAUAAGUAUAGAUGAGAGAAGUUCUUCCAUGAGAUUAACCGAUAAGCAAAAGGAAAUGGAGAAAGAAGAAAACAAGGAAAUAAAAAACAUAACUAUACUUCAUCAAAAUGAUAAUACUAGUGAAAUAAAAAAGUUACAAGAACUAAUCGUAGAAAUGAGUGAAAAAUUGUAAAGAUGCCUAACACUCAUUACAUAAAUAAAUUGAUAGAAGGAAUAGAUGCAAUAGAUCUUACAUCAUUAAGCGACAUUAAUACGGUUACGUUAGAAUUAUCUCACUUCGUAUCAUAUAUUGUAGAAGAACGGAUGUCUAUCGGAAAUUCAAAAACAUUAGAGGAAGCCGUAUCUAAAACUGAAUUAAUUACCGAUAUAAUAACUAGUCUAAACAAAAUAAAGCAGAAACUAGAAAAUAGAUAAACCAAAAACAACAAAAUGAAAAUUAACCACCUUUAUUUGGGCCAUUCCAUGAAAGAAAAAGAAAGAAUGAGACUUGUUGCAGAAAACAAGGAAAAGAAAGAAUGAUUAGCUUCUUUAGUAGACUUUUUAAAAAUAAAGAGACGAUUGAGACUUUUGAAAAAACAAGACCUUUUGGUAUGAAACAAAGAAAUUUAGGAAUUUGGAACCGUAGAAUUAUUGGUAUCAGAGCCAAUCGACCCAAACAUAAAAAUACAGAAACAAAAACUAAAAUAGGAAAAGACCAAAAAGUGCAACCCGCUUCAACCCGGCGGGUUCACUUUGACACCUAUAGUUUUGGCAAUUCUACGGUCCAAAAUAAGGAGAAAGCCUCAAAAUCCUGAAACGCAUACUGGGGAGAAAAAAUGUAUAUUGGCGGCAGGGAUGGCUAUGGGUCGGCUCGGGGGCGGAUAGUGCAUAUAUGUUACCCUACUCAAUGUAGUUCGGGUUUAACCAUACCCGUACCCACACGAGAAACGGGUAGAAAAUCAAAACCAUGCUCAUACACGUUCGGGUUUCGGGUAUCCACGGUUAUCCAUGGGUAAUAAUUUCUCCUUAUAAUUCCAACCAAUAUGUUAACAUUCACACGUAUACUCACAUUACGUAAGAGGAAAAGUACGACAAUAAGUCACUAGAAUGACAAAAAUUAUUUAAAACAACAUAAUUUCAUGAGAAUAUUAUAUUUAUAUGCUAAAUAUAAAAUAUUCUAGAGAAACAUAACGAUUAUUUCUAGACAAAUUACAUAUGCAUGUGUAUAAUCGGGCGGGUUUGGAUUGGAUAGUUAGAUAACCAUGUCCACCCAUUACCCGCAAUUUCGGGUUCGGGUUUUACCCGUACCCACUAAAAAUGCUUCGGGUUUGAUUUUUACCCUACCCGAUUAGGUCGGAUUCGGGUGGAUAUCCACGGUUACGGAUAUUUUUGUCAUCCCUAAUUGGCGGCAUGGGCGUCAUCUUACAUUUUGGUUGACUAAAACCAUUGCGUUUCAGAAGCCAGGUAUAAAACUCAAUUCUCGAGAAGUAAUAGAAAUCUUUCACCUUUUUGAGUCCCUCCUAGGGUUAGCCACGAAAUAUGACCAGAAGAGCUUCUCAAGGCACGAAGAAAUAGCGAGUGAAAAUGAGAAAGGGGAAAUCACUAUGGUGACCCUUGUCCCUUUUACACUUGUGAAUUAUUCUGUUUUCAUGGAUAACUAAAUUUUAGUUUGUUAAGAUAAUAGGGCUAAUACCACUAGGAAACCCGAACUAUUAACAAUGUGUUAUUUAUGUUAUAAAGUAUGCAAUAUGACAUUUAUGUCCUAAACUACUUUUUAAUUAGAGUUGACCGACAUUGACCGUUAGUUUUUAACCAAAAUCUUGUUAGGGCUAAUGUUGCAUCUCACGUGGAAUUUUAUUAUUUAUCUUUCCACAAAAAAUGAAUAGACAAAUAAAAAAAUUAAAACAAAAAUUAAAAAACAAAAACUCAUAUUUGUAGAUCUGCAUCUCCAGGGAAAUGGUGAAGAAGAACGGACCCCAAAGAUUCCAAUCCCUCAGAUCCAUCGCAACCUGUCUCUUCUCUUUCCUCUACGCACGACCAACAGUCCGACAAAUGACGACCGCCGCCCUCCUCCGUUUAGGUCGGAGCCGCCUCCAAACCCGCCUCACUGAUUUCUUCUUCCAGCAUAGUUCUUUCCCUUCGCGACCAGAGUUCUGUAUCUCUCCCUAUCAACUGAAGAGGCUGCUCUUCUUCCUUCACAUCUUCACCGAACAUGCCAAAAUAAAUCACCCACACAUACCACUCCUAUCCGACGGCGGUUCCAGAAAACCCAAUAUCCAAGCGCCGCUCCACACCAUUUGCUUGACCCGAUCGUUUCUCACGGAGUUCACAAGGCAAUUUCAGGGCUCACGCAGCCUAGGCUUCCUAGCAACGCCAACACGGCGCAAAUUCUCUCGACCGGAUUCUUCCUUUCUCAUAUUCUGCCCUCUUUCCUCCCUUACAUUGCCUCAAUCCCAUAUUUGGGUUCCUUCCUAGGGCUGAUAUUGUGACGAAGAGAUAGAUAUUUCUAUUCUCUUUUUGAAAUUCCCCACUCUCGAUUCCCCCUUUUUCUCCCGAUUCUCCAUAUAGCGCAAGCGGAAACCCAGAUUCAAUGAAACCCAGAAACGAUGGUGUUGAAAUUAGAGCUACAGCGACGAAAAAUUCGAAUAUGGCAGUUUCGGAGAUGGUUUUGGCUAUACAGGUUUCCAUCGACGAUUUGGAAGGGGUUCGAGCUUCCCACCGCCUCCUCGUUGGCGAUUUGGAAGGGGUUCAAGCUUUCCUCCACCUCUUCCUCGGCAACCGGUACAGACAACAUCUGGAGCUGGAAACGUCAUUGGAGAAGACAUCGAUUGGAGCUGGGAGAUGGACCAAAGAAGACGACGUCGAUUGGAGCGAGGUAGCCGGAGAAGAUCUGCAAAAUUCGAAACCCAGGGUUAGGGAUGCAGGGGGUGCUCUGGCGAAGAUGCAGCGGGUGCUAAGAUUUAUUUUCUCAAUUUAAGUUUUCCUUUGUAUUUUAAUUAUUAAUUUUCAUUUAAAAAUAGCAACCUGAUGUGGUAGGUGACGUGAAGCAUACGUGGCUGCCACAUAUGUGCCAUGUAACCAACAGUCAACAUUUUAUGGUUGAUCGUUUGGUCAACCGUUAUCUAUAGCGGUCAACAAAAUUGUUAGGACAUAAAUGACUCACAACUAUCAUACGUCAGGACACAAAUGUCAUAUUGAAUACUUUAGGAUACAAAUGACACAUUCUUUAUAGUUCGUAUUUCCUAUUGGUAUUAGCCCAAGAUAAUAUAGAACCCUAGGGAGGUGGAUUGAUUUUGUUAAAUGAAUGUGAUUGAUGUUC